AUGUCCCAAACCUCUAUCCACACCAGUCCGCUCAAGGACAGCCGGCGAAUACUCGGAGAAAAGAAUGUCAACGCGUGUCUCUCGCCCGCCGCACGUUCGCCUGUAAAACGAGCCUCUGUCGACUCUUCGUCCCCAAAGAAACUACUCCCGUCGCCUUCGUUUAUCGCGCAGAAGCGACCUAUUGGACAAGUAGAUGAGAAACUUGGAAAUGAUGCGCGCGGUUUACUAGGUGUCCAGCGCGUGGAGACGCGGGUACCAGCAGCAUUGGCGCCUGCCCAGCAUGGGAUAUUUGAACAAUUGGCCGCAGACGGGGAAGUUCGCCCAACAUCCGACGCGAUGAACCUAGAUGAACAAACAGAAAAACCACUCCCUGAAAUAGAUACACCUUCCUACGCUGGAAUCCCAUUCAGCGAAGCACAACCGAUUUCCACACAAUCUGUCCCCUCGGACCCCGACACACGCAAGCAAUUCAUAAAAGAAAAAGCAACCCUUCUUCGAAAUAGACUUCAAAAUGCCAUGCGCCAUAUUCGAGAUCCCCAAUUCGACCGAAGAGUGUCAGAAUUGGAGGCCCAUAGCCGGAAAUACCCACGAUUAUCAGGAUCAGGAAUACAACAACAUCUCGAACAGAAAUAUGGUACUGGAAAAGAGGACUAUGACGAGGACGAUGACGAUGAUGAUCAGAUGCUAUCCACACCGCGCGCACAAAUCUCCCGAUUACACCACGUUCAAGAACCGGCUGGGGCCGGAGACGGAGAGGUGACUCCCACGCAGCAUACGUUCCAACAAGAUCAGCACACAGCAUCUCCAUCGCAGAUGCUCCUGAGCAGCCCUACAUACAAGUCUAAUCCAGCAACGACCGCGCAAAGUGGUAGACUAAAUUGCCAGUCACCACAGAAAACAGCGGAGGAUACAUCGCCCUCUUCGCAGCGCAGUGGACACGAGGGUGAUGGCGAUGCGGUAGACGGGCUGCUUAAGCUCAUGGGCACCACUCCAAAUAGUGGUGCAGGUAGUUCCGGCUACGAAAAGGCAGACUGUUAG